AAUUAAAGAGGGUCCUGCAUGUUACCUUAUAACAUAGAGUAUAUAACUUUCUCUUUUUCCUUCACUAUUCUCUACCUUUUUCCAUUAUCAGUUAUAGCUUACUCUUUUUAUACGCCUAAAUUUGUCCCCCUUAAACAAUUUUUUUUUUUUUUAUAAUUUUUUUUUAACAUAUAAAAUGGAAAAGGAGAACUAAACUAAAAGAGCAGCUCCUCCUUAUAAGUAUAACCGGUCAUCAUAUUCUUUCAUUCGACAUUCGUAUUCUACAAAGGCAUAAGAAACAAGCUAAGAAUGUUUCACCCUGAAAGUCCUUCUUCCACUAUUAUGAAUAAUUUUAAUGAAAGGUCAUCUUCAUCUUCUAUGUGUGCUCAAAGCGAUUCCGGCCUCAUCCUCACUACCGAUCCCAAGCCUCGUCUUCGUUGGACUCUAGAGCUCCACGACCGAUUCGUCGAUGCUGUUGCUCAACUUGGUGGCCCUGAUAAAGCUACACCAAAGACUAUCAUGAGAGUAAUGGGCGUUAAAGGUCUCACUUUGUACCAUCUCAAGAGUCAUCUUCAGAAAUUCAGGUUAGGAAAGCAUCCGCACAAUAAGGAAUUGUAUGAUCACUCCGUUAAGGAUGUUGUAUCUUCUUCAUUGGAGGCUCAUAGGGAUACUACUUUUUCAUCCGGAUUUAUGAACCGCAAUAUAAACGAGAACAAUGUGCAUAUUGGUGAUGCAAUCCAGAUGCAAAUGGAAGUGCAAAGGAGACUCCAAGAACAAUUAGAGGUUCAAAGGCAUCUCCAACUAAGAAUUGAAGCACAAGGUAAGUACAUGCAAAACAUAAUCGAAAAAGCAUGCCAAACACUAGCAGGAGAGACAAAUUCAGCAGCUUCAGCUAGCUAUAAAGGAAACAAUAUUCUACCUGGCAAUAGCCCUCAUAUGAACUUUCCUUGCCUCCAAGACCUUAACAUAUAUGGUGGUGAUCAAGUGGAUCUCCACCGGAGUAUGGACGCGAACCGGCCGUCUUUCGAGAACUUCAUGAAAGCACCUAGUGACAAUCUUUGCUUGGGCCAAAAGUGGCCAAAUCCUUACAUUGGGGGUAAUGGUAAGAGCCCUCUAAUUUGGUUUGAUGAUCUAGGUCUUCAAGAACUUGGCCCCUCAGCCAAUUGAUAGAUGCAUCAUUAUAAACAUUAUAGAAGAUGGUUGUGAGUAGGAAAAGAAUAUACAUGUAUUACUAACAAAAAGGAUUUCUUUUUUUAAUAUAUUUUUGUACAUCUUGGAUUUUUACAUCCUCAGAAAAUUGUAGCACCUUGUGUUUCAUUAUUUUUUAUUAAUAUACGGCUUAUGUAGAAGAAAUUAUACUAAGCUCUCCUAUGCAAAAUGUUUCAAAAACU